GGAGUUUAACAUUGAUAUGACACGUAGCCCAAUUGAUGCGCAGAAGCGCCGAGAAGUCUACAAGAAGACUCCAGUGAAGCACCGAUCUCUCUUCUUCUUCUUUAAAACCGAACGACAAAACCUUAAUCUGGCAGCUAGACGCUAGAAACAAAAAUGUUCUUCUUCUUUGCUGGAGGAUUAGAGCAGCAGGUCCGCCAGGUCCUAAAAUCAGGUGUAGGCAGGUGCAUAAAUUGCGGUUCCAAAGCUGAUCUAGUGGAGUACGAGAAGGUUCUCAAGCUUUUCUUUAUUCCGGUAUGGAGAUGGCCCGGCAAAGAGCCCGCUUUGUAUUGUGGAAACUGUAAUCUGAUGUUCCCCCAAUCAUUUUCACUGCCGCCAUCGCGGUCUGGCUCGGUGCCUCCGUCCGCCGUAUCGGAGAGUUUGCAUUGCCGUUUCUGUGACCGAGUUGUGGUCGAGUUCAGAUUCUGUCCUUUUUGUGGGUCUUCUCUGUAAUUUGGGGGUUGAGGGAUUUGGGAAUAUUGAUGUUUUGAUUUGUAAUAGAUACAGCUGCAAUAUGUGGAUUGAGAAUUUUUAAAAUCUCUAAAAUUACAAUUUAUAGGUUUGAUCUAAA